CUUGGCUAACAGUACAGAUCAAUGACGGGGUUCCCUAGCCGGGCAAAUGGACGUCGACGGCUGUGUUUUAGCGGCAGGCCGGGCCGUCCUGGACCUGGUUGAGCGGGACUGGCAGCCUCUGUCCACCGUCGAGCUGGACCAGCGACUGGACCAGGCCGUGGAGGACGUGCUGGAAGCGGACUUGAUACACAAAGUCAAACGAACGAGCGAAUCUCCGUCAAGAAAUGACGCCGCUACUGCAUCCUCCAGUACCCGGGAGGAAGUGUCCGAAGAGCUGCGGGAAGACAACGAGGCAGUCAAGUAUGUGACUGCCCGACUGCGGGACUUCCAAUCCCGAAACCGGUUGACCGGCCGUGCCCGCCUGUCACUCUCUCAGACGGUCCCGCUGUGCCUCACCCUGCUGUCCAGCCGCGUUAGCUACCGUACUUUGUCCCGCCUCUACCGCUUGGAGAAAGGCAACAUCCACCGCAUUUUCUUUUUUUUCUGCAAGUGUGUCAACACGCUGCGAGACGAGUACAUACGCUGGCCCCGAGGUCUCGCGACCCUCCUGUGUUUGUUCUGCACGACUCCUGCCAAAACAGUGGAGAACAUCGAAGUGAUAAGGAGACCCCCCGGCGGAUCUGUGUCCAUCCAGUGCAGUCAUGUUCCACAGGGCGAAAUGCACAUGACUUUUUUCAAAGGCCUCAAGAAGGAUUUUCAAAUUCUUCACAUGAUGUCCCAAAAAACCACCACCGCAAAGGAGUUCAGCGGCAGACUCCGGGUGGAGGGAAUCUUCCCCAAUGUGGACGUGAUCAUCUCGAACCUGACCUCAGAAGACACGGGGUUGUACUUUUGUGACUACCAGUGGUAUGACGACGCAAGGUCAGAACAAAAGAGGGUAGACGACGAUAGUCCGGUGAUGCUGGUGGUUGAAGGUGAGCGCACAUCACCUCAUGACAUCAUUAUGUAAAGGAAUAGAUCAAAUGCAUCUCAAAAGUAUUGCACAGAGCAAUGCUGUUUCGAUUUUAAACAAUUUGGUGGGGUAUCUUAAUGUAUGUGUUAAAAAAUAAUCAUCAAUAAGUAAUAAUCAUGGAUUAUUUAUUUUAAAAACAAUGAGAACAUAACUCCAACUCAAAUGUUGCUAAUGCCUGAACUGCUUGGCUUUCUCAUGACUGCCUAAUUGACCAAUAAAAACAAGUGGCUACUUGUU